GACUGAGCUUGGACGCCAUCUUUUUGACACAUAAGAUGGUGUCGCAUUGAUCUUGCUUGUUUUAUUCGUUCAACGGACAGUGCAUUUUAUUCUCACUCCGUAUUGGAGUAAUUUCUUCUGCUUCUUGCAGAAAUGACUCAAUUCCUACCACCGAACUUGUUAGCAUUAUUUGCACCGCGGGAUCCAAUCCCGUAUCUGCCACCGGCCAACAAACUCCCACAUGAGAAGAAGGUCGGCGGCUAUAUUGGAGUCGGGACGUUUCUCAAGUACUUUGAGGAUCCUAAAGAGACACCACCACCAGUCCGCGUAGAGACUCGAGAGGAACGUCUUGAACGCAGAAGAAGAGAACGUGCGGAGCAGGUUGCUUAUAAACUUGAACAAGAAAUUGCAGUAUGGGAUCCAGCUGGUAUUUCUAACGUAACAGCAGAUCCUUUCAAGACUCUCUUUGUAGCUCGUAUUAAUUAUGAUACUUCAGAAUCGAAACUCAGAAGAGAAUUUGAAGUAUAUGGACCGGUAAAAAAGAUUGUGGUAAUACAUAACACAGUUAAUGGCAAGCCACGGGGAUAUGCUUUCAUUGAAUAUGAGCACGAACGAGAUAUGCACUCGUGGUGGCCGCUGCCGGCAACUAGUGCCGUUCACUAUUCCAUGCAAUCCCUGAACCUGCCUGAUAUGAUAGCUGCUUAUAAGCAUGCGGAUGGUAAGAAAAUAGAUGGUCGCAGAGUAUUGGUCGAUGUCGAGCGCGCGAGAACGGUAAAAGGCUGGCUACCACGAAGACUCGGCGGCGGCUUGGGCGGCACUCGCAGAGGAGGCCCUGAUGUCAACAUCAAACAUUCGGGCCGGGAGGAUAACGAGAGAGAACGAGAAAGGUAUCGUUUGGAGCGCGAGAGAGAGACUUCAGGACGUGGGCUUGACAGAGACAGGGAUCGUGAUCGUUUGGAUAGAGAGCGUCGGAGAUCGCGCGAUCGUAAGCGAAGGAGCAGAAGUAGAUCGCGCGACCGUAAACGUAGACGGAGUCGCGACCGACUGCCAGAUCCUGAUAUCGAGGAGAUUCAGCGGGAAGAACGACCGCGUGAUCGAAGGGAUCGCGAUCGGGAUCGCGAUCGCGAUAGGGACCGUAAGAGACGACGAUCGAGAAGCAACGAUCGUGACCGUGAGAGGGACCGUAAACGAGACAAGCGCGACCGAGAUCGCGAUCGCAGGGAUAGAAAGGAUCGCGGUGAUCGUCAAGAUGAGGACACGAAGGAGAUCCGAAUCAAGGAGGAGCCUAUGGACGAUUAUCCGGACUACAGCAAUACGUUCCCGACGUCGGGUUCGUACUUCACCGCCGUCAAGUAUGAGGACGAUAACGAUCAAGAGGUGGAGGAGAAAUACCGGAUUCCGGAGGGUCGACCUGACCCGCCUCCGUACAACAAUUACGAUUCCGUACAAGAUUAUUGAUCUCUCGGCAGUACAUGUUUUUCGUCGUGUCCCGAUUUUUUCUUUUCUGCGUGCGAUAAGUCGCAUUAUCUCAUCGUGUUGUUCUUCUGCUCUGAUAUAGCAUCAGCUUUUUAAGGCGCAGAGAGCUGCCUAGAAAAGUUAAUGACACCGAUCAAACCGGCGCGUGCGGAGUUGCGUGUUCGCCUUCGAUGCAGUCGAAGCUUAUGCUGAUUCGUCUAAGUCUACAAGACGUCUAUGUCUGUCUUUCCUCUUUUGUCUCCCUCUCGAUGCGCGAUGCAGAGUGCGUUCGACUCGAAAGGUAAUAUUUUUUUCCAUUAACGAAUUGAAAAGGUAGCAGUCUCAAUGAAAUGUUGCAGCGUAAUGUUAAUUCGACGUAAUGAUUCCGACUUAUUCAUUAUUUGGACUAUAUGUAACUGUAUAUAACUAUAUACAUACAUGUAUACAAUUACAUAUAUGUAUUUAAAUAUGCAAAAGCGGUUUAUUUCCACGGCUGCUACAUGUAUAUUUAUAUAUAUUCGGAUAAAAUAAACGAUUAAUUCGUUAUGUA